AUGCUUUUCAAACGAAACAAACAAGCAGGUGUUUUCACAUCAAAUAUCAAUAGCAAUAGUACCACAAGUGGAGGUGAAAGAACCAUUAAACGCGUCCAUAGUGCCAGAAACUUAUUCAAAAAACUCACUAUCUCAACACCUGUAUCUUUAGCUGAACAACGAAACGAACGUAAUGAUCAUCUUGUCUACCACCACAACCAAAACCAUUAUCUCCCUCAUACCCCUGAUACAGGAUCAUUCAAUCAACACAGCCGCAACAACAGCAACAAUAACAGCAGUAGCAAUAAUAAUAAUAAUAAUAAUUACAACAACAACCAAUAUACAGAUGUAAGAACUGCAGGCACUAACAUCUUUUCAACCCCAUCCCAGCCUAGUUUACCACUCACUGAUAAUUCUUCAAUAAUUCCACCACUGGAACCAAUACCAGAUAUCAAUGAUUUCGAAAACGACUCGAUAUUUGCAUUGUACACACCUCGAAAACCCGUCAUUGCCAACAACCAACUACCACGUAUGGACUCACAAUGUGCCAGCCUUCUCGACCAAUUGGACGGACCACCACUUACAUCUACUUCUUCGCAUGUAUCUCACAUUUCCAAAGUCUCAUGCAACUCCCACAACUUCCACAACUUCCACAACUCCCACAACUCCGACCACUAUGCUGGCCUGGCAACUCUGAACCAACCUAUAACCAUGUGUGAGGGUGAAAUAAGUACUUCAACAUCCUUGGAACACACGCCAACAAAAGAUACCGACGCAAUCUCAAUCACUGAUGCUAAUAUCCAAAUAUACAAAAGAGCACAUGUAAAAUCAAAGAGCAAUAGUCUUCAUUUAAUCGAAGGUGCUUUCAAAGUAAAUGCAAAUGGAUCACCGGUACGGCUAGUGAAGAAAUCAACAACAACCCACAUUACAUCCAUACCUAACCUGAAAAGUGAAAAACUCAAAGAGGUAAGGAAAGAUACAACUGAAAACAAAAUUGUAAUCACACCUGUUGAUGCAGAACCUGUGGAAAGUUUAGAUGCUAAUCUCGAGUCGAUAUACCAAUUUGAGAUGAUGCUACUCAAAGACAAACACCACUACGAGCUUAAACAACAACAACGAGAAAUACGCAAUCUCCGCAAGAAAUUACAACAACAAACGUUGCUCUGUCACGAUCUCACAAAUAGACUUGCUUCUUACGAACUGGUCAAUCCAUCACCAUCAUAUUCUUACCCAUAUCCAUCUUCUUCUUCUGUUUCACCACUCCCACCUCCACCUCCACCGCCAGCACAACAACAACAACAAUUAUCGAGGACAGCUCCACCAUCGUUGGUAGUGGUGCUGCUGCUGCAAUUAUUGCCUCCUUUUAAGUUGGAGAAGCCCAAAUCUGGCUAUGCUUCAUCUAUUUCAUCACAAGAUUCGUUAAUGAGCUUCAAUGGCACAGGUCUUAAAGCUACUUAA